AUGACUUUUUACGUCUUGAGCCAGACAAGAGCCCUGAGUUCUGAGAGUGUAGUUCACAGGAGACCCAAUUCAGUUGCUGCCAGAAAAGAGAAAACUGACCUUUCACCCCUGCUGUCUGUCAGGAACGUGCUGUACGAACAGAGCAAUGACAACUUCCAAGACGAAUGCACCGAAGAACUCAUCGGCAGCAUCAUUAUCACCCACUACAACAACUGCACCUACCGCAUUGAUGCCAUCGAGUGGAACAAAUCACCAAAAGACACCUUCACUUUGAUGGAUGGCACAGAAAUGACCUUUGUUGAAAUGAUCAGAUGUUUUGUCUUCUCAUUGAAACACAUAUUUAUUGUCACUGAAUUGCAUGGACUUCCACAUUUUGACAGCAAGAACUAUGGGAUUGCGAUCAAAGAGUUGGACCAGCCUCUGCUCAUGCAUCGGCCAAAGGAGAGGUCCAAGCCAGGAGGCAAGCAAGUCAUCACUGGAGAGAUCCUUUUAGUACCAGAGCUUUCCUUCAUGACGGGAAUCCCUGAGAAAAUGAAGAAGGACUCCAGAGCUAUGAGGGACCUGACCAGGCACAUCAAUGUGAGCAGUGAGCAGCACAGCCACUCAAUAAACCAGCUUCUGAAGAACAUCAGCACCAACCCUGAGAGUCUGAAGGAGCUCAGCCGAUGGGGACUGGAGAUCAGCUCACAAAUCCUGACAAUCAAAGGUAGAACUCUGCCUGCCGAAACCAUCUGUCUGCAGUCUUCAUCCUUUGCCACUGGUGCUGAUGCAUCCUGGUCCAGAGAGAUUGUCAGGAAAGCUUCAAUAAGCUCUAUCCCUGUGAAUAUGCGGGCCAUCUUCUACCCCCACCGCUGUGCAGAGCAGGUUGAACAGCUGGUUUCCACCUUUAACAACAUUGCUGGGGCUAUUAGGAUGCGACUGGAGCGACCCACUUUUGUGCAGCUGAGGAAUGAUCGCACUGAGACUUACGUCAAGAGCAUCCACUCUGAGCUCACCAGUAGGGUAUGACAUGAAAUUUGAAUUUAGAUUAGUAACUUGAUGAAAAUUUGAAUAGUACUUGCAUCACAUAUUGUGUGUCCACAUCAAAUGUUUGUCAGGCUUUGUUCGCAUGCUUUAAACAAGCUGAUGGUGUAUUGUAGCCUUACCUGCUGUGACACCUGUGUGUAAUAAACAGAU